UUUUUUUUUGGCGGAACUUUGGGAAACUGAAAACAGGAGGAUCGAUAAGGCUGUAGUAAAAACAUCAGAGCUCAAAGCCUCUUGAAGGAGAGUAAUUUUUUGCUUACAAACUAGAUUUCCCAAACCAACAAUUUUGAUCCCAACUCCACAGCCUCAGUUGAUCUUUCAUUUAACAAUUCUAACAGUCAUGGAGAAGCGUCUGCAGGAGGCUCAGCUAUUCAAGGAGGAAGGGAACCAGCGCUACCGGGAAGGGAAGUACCGAGAUGCUGUGAGUAGGUAUCACCGAGCUCUUCUUCAGCUGCGGGGUCUGGAUCCAAGUCUGCCUUCCCCGAUACCCAAUCUAGGCCCUGAGGGCCCAGCUCUCACGCCGGAGCAAGAAAACAUACUGCACACCACUCAGACAGACUGCUACAACAACCUAGCUGCCUGUCUCCUCCAGAUGGAGCCAGUGAACUACGAACGAGUGAGGGAAUACAGUCAGAAAGUCCUAGAACGACAACCUGAAAACGCCAAGGCCUUAUAUCGGGCUGGAGUAGCCUUCUUCCAUCUGCAGGACUAUGACCAGGCUCGGCACUACCUGCUGGCUGCUGUCAACAGGCAACCUAAAGAUGCCAAUGUCCGGCGGUACCUGCAGUUGACACAGUCAGAACUCAGCAGCUACCAUAGGAAAGAGAAGCAGCUGUAUCUGGGCAUGUUUGGUUAAUGAAGUAAAAAGAUGCUUCUCAACUUGAAAUCACGUGGAUCACUAAAGACCCAUCAAGAGAAACCUGAGCCUCAGCAAGAGAAAUUCACCCUUUACCUCUGACCCAGGUGGAUUUCUAUUGUUCCUGUUCUGCACAAGCCCUUUGCGACUUAGACUAUCUGCAUCCUUUAUUGUCUAUCCCCCAGUAUGUUUGUAUGGCCUGCAAUCCAUAUUAUUUGCCUUUAGAAACAGACCAGAAAGCAAUCGUCCUCUGUGGGUGGCAUCAACUGUAUUUGUGGCGUAGAUUUAAUGAGAUGUUAUUGGAGGUGUUGAGACACAGAGGAGAGGGCCAGUGAAGGGUCCAGUAGGAAGGACAGGCAGAAAGGAAUCUUUUGCUGUUUCCUCAGAUGCCUUUGUUUUCCCCUCGUGGGAAAUAUUGUGUGUGUGUGUGUGUAUGAGUGUGUAUGAAACUAGAUGAAUAUAAAUUGAGCCCAAGUAUAUUUAAGGAUUUGAAAUGAAUUGUUUUGGGGCUGAGGAUGUAGCUCAGUGGUAGACUGCUUACCUACCAUGUACAAGGCCCUGGGUUUGAUUCCCCAGUGCUGCAGAAAUAAUGAACUAAACAACAACAAAAUCAAACUGUUAUUUAAAUUAAUCUCCGUUUUGCUUGGUUGUUUGGUUGGUUGGUUUUGGUUUUCUUCAAGACAGGGUUUCUCUGCCUAGCCUUGGCUGUCCUGGAACUGUCUCUGUAGAAUAGACUGAACUCAAACUCAGGGAAAUCUGUCUUCUGAGUGCUGGGAUUAAAGGUGUGCACCACCACUGCCCAGCUCUUUCCUUUUUUUUUUUUUUUUUUUU